AAGACCUUGAACUUUGGACUUAGAUUGAAAGUCACUUCUUACGAGAACAUUACAAUAUUUGCAACACGGAAUCUGUAAAACACUCCAAAGAAUCAAAAUUGUCAGCGUUUUAAAAGCAGUAAACAUGUCUGGAAGAAGUGAUAAAGCCCUUGACCAAAUGUCGGAUUACAAGAAGCAAAAAGGGCAACCCGACCGUAUGACAACCAGCACUGGAGCUCCUAUUGGCAACAAGAAUGCCAGUUUGACAGUGGGGAAAUGGGGGCCCAUUUUGCUCCAAGAUUUUGUCUUUACUGAUGAAAUGGCUCACUUUGGCCGGGAACGUAUUCCAGAGAGAGUGGUGCAUGCUAAAGGAGCUGGUGCUUUUGGUUACUUUGAAGUGACACAUGACAUCACACAGUAUACCAAGAUGAAGAUGUUUAGCAGUAUUGGCAAGAAAACACCAAUGGCCAUCAGAUUCUCAACUGUUGGUGGCGAGAGUGGUUCAGCUGACACUGCAAGAGAUCCCCGUGGAUUUGCAAUGAAGUUUUACACAGAAGACGGCAACUGGGAUUUGGUUGGAAACAACACUCCAAUUUUCUUCAUCAGAGAUCCCAUACUGUUCCCAAGCUUCAUCCAUACCCAGAAGCGUAACCCAGCAACACAUCUUAAAGAUCCAGAUAUGUUCUGGGACUUCAUCACGUUACGCCCUGAGACCACUCACCAGGUGUCUUUCUUGUUCUCUGACCGCGGAACCCCUGAUGGCUAUAGAAGGAUGAAUGGCUAUGGCAGCCACACCUUUAAGCUUGUCAAUGAUGCAGGGGAGGCAGUUUACACCAAAUUCCAUUUUAAGACUGACCAGGGAAUCAAGAACUUUAAUAUGGAUGAGGCUGGUAAUCUGGCUUCCUCAGACCCUGACUAUGCUACCAGAGAUCUCUACAAUGCCAUUGCAGAGGGCAACUUCCCAUCUUGGUCUAUGUUCAUACAAGUGAUGACAUUUAAGGAGGCAGAGACCUACAAGUAUAACCCAUUUGACUUGACUAAGGUUUGGCCACAUAGUGACUUCCCACUAAUCCCUGCAGGUAGAUUUGUGUUGAAUCGUAACCCUAAGGAUUACUUCGCUGAGGUAGAACAAAUCGCCUUUGCCCCCAUUCACAUGGUCCCAGGGGUCGAAGCUAGUCCUGACAAAAUGUUGCAGGGGCGCCUGUACUCCUACCCAGACACACACAGGCACAGACUGGGGACCAACUACAUGCAAAUACCUGUCAACUGCCCCUAUGCUAAAACGAAUAACUACCAACGAGAUGGCCCUGCCUGUGUGACAGAUAAUCAAGUGGGUGCCCCCAACUACUUCCCAAAUAGCUUCAGUGGCCCAGUAGACAAUGUGAAAAACAAUGAAACAACAUUCAACAUAUCAGGAGAUGUGCAAAGAUACAACUCUGCAGAUGAUGACAACUUUACACAAGUUGGAAACUUCUGGAGAAAUGUCUUAAAACCAUCAGAGAGGAGUGCCCUUGUCAGAAACAUUGGAGCUCAUUUGUCUGGGGCCCAGGAGUUCAUACAAGCAAGGGCUGUGAAAAACUUUGGACAAUGUGAUCCAGAAUAUGGCAGCCGGCUUCAACAAGAGCUGAACAAAUACAAGACACAAAAGGUGGGUGCUCAAGCACAACUAUAAGAAUUCCUUACAAAACUAAAUUGUGACAAACGAAAGCUGAAUUGUGACAAACGAAACGCUGAAUUGUGACAAACGAAAACUGAAUUGUGACCUAACAAAUAUGAAUUAUGACAUUAAAAAACUGAAUUUGAACAUGUAUCUAACAGCAGAUAUUCGUACUUGGAACUUUGAGAAGUUUGGAUUGUGUUAAGCUCAAUAAAGACUAGCUCCCAGUCAUCACUGGAGUAUUGUAAUUAUAAACAAUUUAAUCGAACAUCCAAGUGCAGAAAUAUGUAUGAUUAAUAUCAAAUGUAAUAUAGAUCAUUCAAAUCUGCCGAGCCUGGCACAGCCAAUCAGCUUUGAGUGUUUUGGAGCGUUAAUUCAUAGGCCGAUGCUCAACUGAGCAGAAAAAUUAUACAGACCAUUUUGAUUUCAUACUAGCUAUACUUGGUAUGAUAGUGAUAAUAUAUUUGAAUUGCAAUAAAAAGAUUUCCUUAAAUGAAUGUGUAUUCAACAUAUAUCUUAUCAUGGUGUUACCCUUUGCUUUUUCUCUUGCUGUCUAUGUAUUGUUCUCUCAUGAAUAUGAUUUUAGGAAAAUCUCAUAGGCUAAUUGUAAAUAUUCCCAUUCCAUCAUAUAUCUCUUGUUUUGAAUAAAAUACAUAUGCCAUGUGCAAAAUUCAUCAGAUGUAGAUAUAUCUGUGUACAUAAUUAUGUCUAAUCACAGAAUUGUAAAUGCAAUGUACUCGUGUAUAUUAUGAUUCCAUUAAUGAAUUCAUUAUUAGAAUUUGUUUUUGAUUGUGCAGUAUUAUUUGAAAUAAAGAAAUUAAUUAUGCAAACUCUGAA